GUUUUUGUUUUGGUUUUGAAGGUAUCUAUGGUAAUUUAGUAAUUUUCAAAUACUAAUUUUGUCUAAAAAAAUCUUGUUACAACUCAAUAUUUAAAAAAAAUUUACUCAAUAUUUAUUCAUUUUAAUGUCAGAGUUAUUUGUCUGAAUCCUUGUGAAAAUAAUUCUUUACCAGUAUUCAUUUGGAAAUUACUGAAUAAUUGCAAUUUUAAUUAAAUAAAGAAUUAAAGAAAUACUUUGUGGCUAAGAAUACUGAAGAGUUUUAGGUGGAUUAAAAAUGGGCGAGGAAAAUAAAAAUGUUCUUGAUAUUCUUGUAACAAGUACAAUAAUUUCUUUCGGCACUCAGCGCCGAUUUCCAACCAAGCUUACUAUUGGAGAACUGAAGCAGAAAUUAGAAUUGAUAACAGGUGGUUCUGCAUCAUCAAUGGAAUUGCAGUUACUGGAUGACAAGAAUGAAGUCAUAGCAAAGUUAAAUGACAACAGUGCUGUUUUAAGUUCAUAUCCUUUAGAUAAUGCUAAAGUACUUCAUGUUAUUGAUUCCUCAAUUCAAGCUGGGGAAUUUGAAGAUUUGUCUAAGGUAAAGAAGUUUGAAUUGUCAGAAGAAGAGUAUGCCAAAAGAGGUGAAACUCUGAGAGCUUUCAAGGAAAAGCUGAAACUUCAGAGCGAUGAACAAAAGGAAAGUUUUGCUGAAAAGAAGCAAAAAGAGGAGGAAGACUUAAUAAAGAAUAUGAGUGUUGGCAACAGAUGUGAGGUGCGCAUUGCAGGGAAGCCUACUCGCCGUGGUACAGUCAUGUAUAUUGGAAAAACUGAAUUCAAGCCUGGUUUUUGGAUUGGUGUUAAGUAUGAUGAGCCUGUUGGAAAAAAUGAUGGUUCCGUCAGUGGAAAGAGGUACUUCGAAUGUGUUCAGAAGUAUGGAGGUUUUGUUAAACCCCAUGAUGUUGUUGUCGGUGACUUUCCAGAAGAAACAUAUGAUCUUGAUGAAAUUUAGUGAAAUAUUUAAAUUUAGGAUACAAACUGCUUUCAAUUUUUUUUAAAAAAACUUGUUUUUUAAUACCAUUUUGAAUUAUUUUCCUACUAAAUAAUUUUCUUGUUUUUAUUAUUAUGCAAUCAAAUGAAUUAAUCAACUUGUGAAAAUUGAAGGAAUUUGCUACUUAAGAGAGAGCGAGAGAGAAGAAUUCUAAAGAAAUUUGCAGCGUCAUAAUUUGUAAUAUGCAUCACAGUAAAAUUUGCUUUUGAUGCUUUAUAAAAAGUAAUGUUUAAAUAAAUUCUGCAGAAUGCCA